UCUAAUUGUUUACCUUCAUACCUUUGGAAGAAAGAACUCAUGGCCUCAGGUAGGAGAAGACCUCCUCAUGCACUAGGGCAUAUUGGGAGGAACAACGAUGUCGUCCGAGUUAUCAAAUCGGCUGGGGAUCCGUCGCGACCACUGCAUAUACCCUUCCCAAAUGAUCUCCUCCCGAAAUCUAGCAAACAUGUAUACCUAACAGUCUCCGACGGGGUGCAGAGAACAUACAAGAUUGGAUGUAGCUCGAACGUCUUCGGUGAGAUCACGCUCGAAGGGGGGUGGGAAAGGUUUUAUUGUGACUACAAGCUUCGUCCCAAUGACAUUCUGCUGUUGAAGCACAAGGGCCUCGAUGACUUUGAUGUGCGUAUCUUUGAAUUAUCCGGAGUGGAGAGGUCUUAUGUUCCGUCUAGAGGUGAAUCCAGCAACAGAGGAACCCCCCAGGUUCCAAACACUCCUCCAGUGCAUCUGCCUCGAACGGGUUGCAUCAAUAUUCCUAGGAGCGCGGCUGCGUCUGAGGUGGCACAGACAUUUCGCUCUGAACACCCAUUCUUUGUAAUGCACAUCACAAGAAGGCUAUUACUUGUCCACUUCCUGGUAAGUCUAGUGCUAGUAAUGUUUGUAUCUCCUUCCCUUUCGACUAUAUACACCUGUUACAUUGGCAAUGUUGGUCCACAUUAUCUGUGUUGUUUCUAUGUUGGUGGUUAUGUUGUAAUUGUUAGGUUAUGUCGAGUAGGCAUUGUGCAUGUCUGUGUUUUAUGUUGGUGA